GUUUCAUCGUACAUGUAUGUAUUCACCCACCCACCCACAUAUGCAUAUGCGAAGUCAGCAUUCAAAAUUUGGCAGUAUUUUUCAUCUGGGCUGCAUCAUAAACAAACAAAUUUCUCCCUAUUCAACUGGAAAAUAAUUGUCGGAGGCUAAUUGAAGUUGGUAACUGGUAAAACUGUCCCACAAGCCUGAGGAUGAAGUAGAAGAUUGGUUGGUGAAAGUCAAAGAUUUGACUUUUGGCAUACAUAAGGUGGAGAGGAUUUUCAGGGAUGAUGUUCACCUUCCAAAAAUGGAGCUCAUGGUCCCUGAUAGGAGUUAUUGCUACAGUAGUGGCCUUAGUGACAGUGGUUCAUUUUUUUCUUUCUCCAGAGAGUCCUCUAGACAAUUUUGGGGCUAGCCAGGUUGACAUGAUUGAGAACUCAUCUAUUCAAGUAAUUGGAUCUAGACAAGAAGGCAAAACUGUUGUCCCUAAUAAUAUAUCAGAUGGUGGUAAUAUGCCGGUGAAUGGCUCAACUGAUGGUAGCAAGCAAUUAAGUGGGCCUGUUGAACGAGGCAAAGACGAUGAGAAUCAAAAGCAACAGUCAAUGGUUGAUUUAAACAUCCAAUAUCCUGCUGAUUCACGAAACGCUGUUGUCUAUCGUGGUGCUCCGUGGAAAGCAGAAAUAGGGAGGUGGUUAUCUGGUUGCGACUCAAAGACUGCUGCUGUCAAAAUUGUCCAGGAAAUUGGUGGCAAGAGCUGCAAAAAUGAUUGCAGCGGGCAAGGCAUCUGCAAUAGGCAAUUGGGUCAGUGUAGCUGCUUCCAUGGGUUUGGUGGGGAAGGAUGCUCUGAAAGACUGCAACUAAAUUGUAAUUACUCUGGAUCAAAAGAGGACCCAUAUGGGCGAUGGGUUGUGUCGAUUUGCUCAGCUCAUUGUGACACAACAAGAGCAAUGUGCUUUUGUGGAGAAGGCACAAAAUACCCAAAUCGUCCUGUUGCAGAGGGAUGUGGGUUUGUGAUUAACCCGCCUUCUGAACCUGGAGGUCCGUCUCUUGCUGAUUGGACAAAAGCUGAUGUUGACAUUUUCACAACUAAUGGAAGUAGACGAGGAUGGUGUAACGUGGAUCCAAAGGAAGCUUAUGAUGGUAAAGUGCAUUUCAAAGAAGAAUGUGAUUGCAAGUAUGAUGGCCUCUGGGGUCGAUUCUGUGAGGUGUCUGUACAAAGUGUUUGUAUUAACCAAUGUGCUGGUCAUGGGUACUGCCGUGGUGGAUUUUGUCAGUGUGACAAAGGCUGGUACGGGACAGAUUGCAGUAUUCCUUCUGUUUUAUCCUCUGUUGCAGAAUGGCCCAAGUGGCUUCGACCAGCUCAGAUCAAAAUUCCAGAUAGUGACAAACAAACUGGAAAAAUAGACAAUCUAACUGCUGUAGUGGCAAAGAAAAGGCCUCUCAUAUAUGUUUACGAUUUGCCGCCAGAAUUUAACAGUCUUCUAUUGGAGGGUCGGCAUUUCAAGCUCGAGUGUAUAAAUAGAAUCUAUGAUCAUAGGAAUGCGACAAUAUGGACCGAUCAUCUUUAUGGUGCACAGAUGGCACUCUAUGAGAGUUUGUUGGCCAGUCCUCACCGAACAUUGAAUGGUGAAGAAGCGGAUUACUUUUUUGUUCCAGUUCUUGAUUCUUGUAUAAUAACUCGUGCCGAUGAUGCUCCCCAUAUAAGUAUGCAGGACCAUUCUGGCUUGAGGAGUUCUCUUACUCUGGAGUUCUAUAAGAAGGCUUCUGAUCACAUUAUUGCACAGUAUCCUUACUGGAACCGCUCAUCUGGAAGAGAUCAUAUAUGGUCCUUUAUGUGGGAUGAAGGUGCUUGCUAUGCCCCAAAGGAAAUAUGGAACAGCAUGAUGCUGGUCCACUGGGGGAAUACAAAUUCAAAGCAUAAUCAUUCAACAACCGCAUAUUGGGGUGACAACUGGGACACCAUUUCUCCUGAAAGAAGAGGAAACCAUCCAUGCUUUGAUCCAGAUAAAGAUCUUGUACUUCCUGCUUGGAAACACCCCGAUGGAAAUUCACUGAAAUCAAAACUUUGGUCGUGGCCUCAUGAGAAGCGGAAGACCCUUUUCUACUUUAAUGGAAACCUAGGGCCUGCUUAUGAACAUGGAAGACCAGAAGAUACGUAUAGUAUGGGCAUUAGGCAGAAAGUAGCUGCAGAGUUUGGAUCAAGCCCUAACAAGAAAGGGAAACUUGGGAAUCAGCACACAGCAGAUGUGGUGGUGACCCCUCUACGUACUGAUCAUUAUCACAAGGAAUUGGCAAGUUCUAUUUUUUGUGGGGUUAUGCCUGGGGAUGGGUGGAGUGGCCGUAUCGAAGAUAGUAUCUUUCAGGGCUGCAUCCCCGUGGUCAUUCAGGAUGGGAUUUACCUGCCAUAUGAGAAUGUCCUAAACUAUGAAAGCUUUGCUGUUCGGAUACAAGAAGAUGAAAUUCCGAAGUUGAUUAGCAUUCUCAGGAGUUUCAAUGAGACAGAAAUAAAAUUCAAAUUGGAAAAUGUAAGGAAGAUAUGGCAGAGAUUCUUGUAUCGUGAUUCUGUUCUUCUGGAAGCUGAGAGACAAAAAAAUAUUCUUGGGCUUGUAGAGGACUGGGCUAUUGAGUUCUCCAAAUUGCUUGAAGAUGAUGUGUUUUCCACGCUCAUACAGGUGUUGCACUACAAGUUACACAAUGAUGUUUGGAGACGAGAGCUGAACCAUGGGAAAGAGUAUGGAUUACCUAGAGAAUGCCUGAUAAGAUCAUAGAAGGGCAGUUGUAUUAACUGUACAAUCUAUCAUAGGAUAUAGCAGCUAAAUGGUUCUUGGCAUGGCUUGGAGAAUGAUACCCUGGUGAUGUCGCAACCACUGUACAGCACUUGAAGAAGAGUUCCAUCCCAUGAACUUGAAUUUUGAGCAACAAUUUUCACAAGCACACAAUUUUCCUGUUUAGUUAAUCUUCCAGAACUAGAAAUAUCUUUUUUCUUUUUUCUUUUUUUCCCUUUAUCUUAAUGUUUGUUCUCCUCAUUUGUAUACAUGGAGGUAGCUAUUCUACUUUUUGUACAAAUAUAGAUCAAAAUGAUGAAAAUAAAACAGCAAUCCAUCUUUGUUUACUAUAGGUUAUACAGUCCUUACAGCUUAUAGAAACAAGCAUAUUAUUUCUU